AUGUCAAAGAUGAUUGUUGAUAAAAUUGAUGAGCUACAGAAAUCGGGAAGCUUUGGAGAGGUUACUUGUGGAACACAUGAUGUCCUUACAGAGGCCUUGGGUACUCAGGAACAACGUGGGCGUGUACGAGGGAUGGGUAAAUUUAUAACGCCACAACAAUACUUUUAUUUACCCAAGAAUAUUAAGUAUUACUUGGAGAUUGAGAACGAGAGAGUGGAUAAACGAAUCAAGAAACUUGAAGAUGACUUGGAGAAACUAAAAAGAGGUGUACUUAAUGUUUCUGAAGCCGCAAGUUACCAAGUAGGGGGCGUCAUUGAAGAUGUUGAAAAAGAACCACGGGAUGAAUCACUUGUAAGAGAAUUCAUGUCUCUUGCGGUUGAAUUUGCUGCAAAUGUAGUCGCUAAAGGAACCAUAAUGAAGUAUAGUGCAUCGGAUGAAAACAUUCAUGUUAUGAUGGAAACAAUUUUACAAGGAGAAGCUUUAAUACCCAUUCCACUUGAAGAGGAGUUCAUUGUGAAGGUCAAAGAUGCACUGGGACACAUACUAAGUUGGCCAAGACACUUAGUUAUUCGAUGCUCUGACCUGCUUCAGUAA